GAUAAGUUGUUUCAAGGUUAGUUUGUUAAGGAGAUGAGUGUUGUAUAAAUGGAUUUUGUAAUUAUAGAAGAAGAAGAUUUGUUACAAGACAAUAACAUUUACGUUAACAACAGUGCUGUUGUGUUUAAUAACAAAAGAGUAAGGGUUCUUAUCUUUUGUUAAGUUGCCCUGUUGUAUUAUAGGUUGUCAAUGUUAAGACAGUUAUGACAUUGUAAGAAUAUACCAGCCCCUCCAAACUUGUGAAGUUUCUGUUGCUGUUAAUAAGGAGCUUGACCCUCGUGACCCCUUUCGGGGUUUUCUUGCGAAGGUACCACGAUGGUUUCACCUUGUCUUCCAUGGCCAGUCUUUAUCCAUCAGACCAGAAGAGGGGACGCGGACAAACAUCCAUGACUUGAGUGGGACGAACCCACGGUCACAGAGGCCAGGCGCAUGAGGACCAUGCCUCAGACCACGUGGCCACUGCGCCAGCACAAUUACUUACACAGCCACCAAAAUAAAAGAAUAUAUCAGAAUGGUGACAAGCAGUGCAAUUAAAGUGAAAACAUUUUAGGUAUUCACCAGUUGAAAAGUCUUCAAUAAUUAGAUGUCAUACAUUGUGUGUGCUCUGUAUUUUCAGCUGAGCUAUGUGGGACAGGACUGUUGGAAGAUCCCUCCAGUGUUGGUGCAAAUGUAUGGCACGAAAGUUCAGUUCCUUGACCUGAGCUUCAACUGUCUGAUGACUCUGCAGGGCGUGGAGAUGUUCCCAAACCUGGAGGAACUGGUUCUGGACAAUAAUAAACUUUCUGAUUCUGUAUUAGUGCCUCAGCUACCAAACCUACACAUUCUGUCUCUCAACAAGAACAAUAUCAGCAAUUUGGAGUCACUGCUUACCAAGAUAGCCAAGAAUUUACCAUCACUUCAUUACCUGAGUCUCUUGGGAAAUGCUGCAUGCCCCAAUCAGCUGUCAGAUGCAGACAAGGAUGAAGAAGAUUACCAGAGAUACAGAUUCUAUGUGCUGUAUCAUCUGCCAAGGUUAAAAUUCUUAGAUUCAAGAUGUGUCACCUCAGAAGAAUGGAAGGAAGCACAGCACAGAGGGAAGUUUAUGAAGAUUAUACGUCCUGAGAGUUCUCAUGUGUCGCACAGAAGUGAUACGUGUGGUGGCAGCCCACCGUCGACAUACACCCCUUUGCCUACAUCUUCAAGAUGUAUUGGUGACCAUCAAGGUGCAUAUGGGAAAUGUCGCUAUCGAUAUUCUGGGAAACACUCGGAGGGCAACCGCUUCAUCCAGAAUAGCGAUCUCUAAAAUUGGGAAUUCAAUCACUCUCACUAGUCAUAAUGAACAACAAUUAAUAAAUUAAUUUCGCCCUGCAGCAUACUCUACACAAUCCUGUACCUGCCUGUGAUACAAUUUUUUUAAAAAUUUUACAAGAGGAAUUGUAAAAGAAUUUAUUCUUUCUAAAUUUUACAGAUUUAUUUUAAUGUAUUAUAAGCUGUAUUGUUGUCUACCAGUUUUACAAAUCCGUAAGCAGACAGUGCAGAUUUUAGUGCAUAAGAUGCUUAGACAAUGUAAGCAAUUUUUCAGUUAUAUUUUAGAGCAGGGUUAACUUCUUCUUGUAAAACAACUAAGCAUUUUGUUGUCUAUCUACUUUAUUGCUACCAGUAAGUACUUUUAUAUCCUAGAUGUGUUGUCACCACCAUAAAGUAUGGGAUAUGCUUUUAUGUUUUGUGUGAGCUCAGGACAUUUGUACUUUGCAGUCUGCGAAAGUUCAUCUGUCGGCAGUUCUGUUGCUUUUGAUUACCAACAUGCAAAAAAUUAUUUUAUUUGCUUAUUAAUGGAAACCAUGUAUGUGCAAUCAUCAUUGCAAUUGAAAGUCAAUGAUGGGUGGUUUAGGAACAUUUUGUAAUUAUGGUCAGUGUCUACUAGUUUUGCUGUUUCCAUGUGUAUGUUAAGAGGUGGUAUUGUGGGAUAUUUCUGUGGUUUAGCCUGCUCAGUCUUUAAUUGUAAUUCUUAAAAUAUCACUAAGAAUUUUUUAAUUGUUACUCCAAAAGGUGUGAAAACUUGACUCAUUUUAUAAUUUGAAACUAGUCUCUCCGUGGACAUCCCAAGUCUGUUUUCUCGAUAUUGGUAUUCAUAAAAUAUUCCUAUGAUUUGACAUUUUUCAAUCUUCAUAAAUUUUCUAACCAUCAUUUUUGAUAAUCUCAUGUAAGUAAAGUAAAGUU